GUGACUCCAGGUGAAAGUACACACGCACACACACACACAACCUUGACGCAGCAAAGCGUUAUGGGCGCCAGUUCUAGGGGAAGCUGGGUGGCACAAGCAAGUGGCACACAGCAAGAUUUAGACUGUGUAGACUAAAGGUGUGGCGUGGCUGUGGAUAGACGAAGAGGGAGAGAUGUUUGGUCACGACUAGUUUAUUUCUGACCCUGCGCUCUGUCUGUCUACUCCCCACAGUAAAGACAACAGCACCAGCUCUAACCAUCGCCCUACUACAAAAACAAUAACAUCUCCAUCAAAAAAAGCAGCUCAACAUGGAGCCACCUGGACCUGGCCCCGGGUCCAAACCGAGACCUAAACCUGCUCCCAUCUCUCUGUCUCUGAAAAGUGAUGACUCCAGAAACCUUCCUCCUUUAUUUAGUGAAGCUGCUCCUGAAGACCAGAGGGAGCCAGGGCCAGAAAAGGAGCAGCUGGACGCCAUAUUCAGGCGUCUGGAGGAGGACGUCCUGACUUUUGUCAAAGAGCAGCUGCAGAGGCUCCACAGGCUCCUGGCCUCAGAUUACCCAGAAUGCUCUGAGAGUGAGGAGAAGGAGCAGAGCAGCAGAGAGGCGGUUCUGAACAUCACCCUGGACUUCCUGAGAAGGAUGGACCAGGAGCAGCUGGCCCAGCGCCUGCAGGACAGUGCUAAUGUGGGAGUGUGCAGACAGAAACUGAAGUCUGAUCUGCAGCAGAAGUUCAGCUGUGUGUUUGAGGGUGUGGCUAAAGCAGGCGACUCCACCCUCUUGACACAGAUCUACACAGAGCUCUACAUCACAGAGGGUGGGGCCUCUGAGGUCAACCAGGAACAUGAGGUAAGAUACAUGGAGACAGCGUCCAGGGGUCCAGCAGCUCCAGAGACCACUAUCACAUGUGAAGACCUCUUUAAAGCCCGCCCGCUCUCACCAGAGCCAAUCAGAGCGGUGCUGACAAAGGGCGUGGCAGGCGUGGGGAAAACAGUGCUAACUCAGAAGUUCUGUCUGGACUGGGCUGAAGGCAGAGCCAACCAGGACCUCCAGCUGCUGUUCCCGUUCACUUUCAGAGAGCUCAAUGUGCUCAGAGACACACAGUUCAGCCUGGUGGGACUGAUGCACCACUUCUUCAGUCCAUCCAAAAGUCUCUACGGCUUCCAACAGCUCCAGGUGCUCUUCAUCUUUGACGGUCUGGAUGAGUGCAGACUUUCUCUGGACUUCAGAGGAACCCAGGUCAUAACUGACCCUACAGAGUCUGCCUCAGUUCAUGUGCUACUGGUAAAUCUCAUCAGGGGGCACCUGCUUCCCUCUGCUCACCUCUGGAUAACCACCCGCCCCGCCGCAGCCAAUCAAAUCCCUGCUGAGUGUGUCUCCAUGAUGACAGAGGUGCGAGGGUUCACCGACCUGCAAAAGGAGCAUUACAUCAGGAAGAGGUUCAGAGAACAGGCCACAGCCGUCCUCUCCCACAUCAAGAGCAUCCGCAGUCUCCACAUAAUGUGCCAUAUCCCAAUCUUCUGCUGGAUCCUCUCCACAGUUCUACAGAAACUUCUGGACCUAACAGAGGAACCAGAGCUGCCCCGGACUCUCACACAGAUGUACAUCCACUUCCUGGUGGUGCAGGCCAAAGUCCAGAACAUUAAGUAUCACCAGAGAUCAGGGAUGGACCUUCACUGGACUCCAGAGACCAGGGAGAUGGUGCGGUCUCUGGGAAAACUGGCCUUUGAGCAGCUGCAGAAAGGAAACCUGAUCUUCUAUGAGUGUGACCUGAGCGAGUGUGGGCUGGACGCUGCAGCGGCCUCAGUGUACUCCGGAGUGUUCACACAGGUCUUUAGAGAGGAGCCAGGCCUGUACCAGGACAAGGUCUACUGCUUCAUCCAUCUAAGUGUGCAGGAGUUUCUGGCUGCUCUUCACGUCCAUCAGACCUUUUUCAGCUCUGGGAGGAAACUUCUGGAUACACCACUUUCCUCUGAUAGCCCUGUAUCUGGAGUAAAACGUAAAAGAAAAAGAAAACGCACCUUAAAAGUAGAAACAUCUGAGAGUCCUGAGUCUGAGGCAGCAUUCUACCGUUCUUUUGUAGACCAGGCCUUACAGAGUCCAAAUGGACACCUGGACCUGUUCCUGCGCUUCCUCCUGGGGCUGUCUCUGCCGACCAAUCAGAGCCUGCUGCAGGGUCUGCUGACUCAAACACAAAGUGACCAGACCAAUCAGGAGACGGUAGAGUACGUCAAGCAAAAGCUGAAUGAAAAGGGUCUAUCUGCAGAGAGAAGCCUGAAUCUGCUCCACUGUCUCAACGAGCUGAAUGACCACAGUCUGGUAAAGGAGAUACAGAAGUGCAUGAGAGAAGGACAGCUCUCUAGCUAUAGACACAUGUCUCCUGCUCUGUGGUCGGCCCUGUCCUUCCUCUUAUUGUCCUCAGACUCAGACUUGGAGGAGUUUGAUCUAAGGAAGUACCAGGCCUCAGAGACAGCUCUCCUGGGUCUGCUGCCAGUGGUCAGAGCGUCCACCAAAGCCCUUCUGAUUGGCUGUGGCCUGUCCCCUCACAGCUGUGGUCCUCUGGCGUCAGUCCUCAGUUCGUCUGGUCUCACACACCUGGAUCUCAGUCACAAUAAACUCAAGGACUCAGGAGUGAAGCUACUGUGUUCUGGAAUGAAGGGUGCCCCCUGCAGACUGAACACUCUCAGUCUUUGUGGCUGUGGCCUUUCCCCUCACAGCUGUGAUCCUCUGGCCUUAGUCCUCAGCUCCUCCAGUCUCACACACCUGGAUCUCAGUCACAAUGACCUCCGGGACUCAGGAGUGGAGCUGCUGUGUUCUGGACUGAAGAGCGGCCCCUGCAGACUGGAGACAUUCAGGCUGUCUGGAUGUUUGGUCUCAGAGAGGGGCGGGGCUGCUUUGGCCUCAGCUCUGAGCUCCACCCCCUCCCAUCUGAGAGAGUUAGACCUUAGCUACAACCAUCCAGGACCCUCAGCUGAGCUUCUGACCUCUCUACGGACCCCUGCCCCAGCUGUGUGUCAAGCUGGAUCCUGCUGGAGAGCGCUGGAUGGUCCCAGGUCUGAGGAAGUAUUUCUGUGAGUUCUCUCUGGACCCAAACACAGCUCACAGACGUCUUCUUUUGUCUGAGGACAAACGGUCUGUGACCUGUGUGGAGGAGGAGCAGAAGUAUCCAGAUCAUGAGGACAGGUUCACAGAGUAUUAUCAGGUCCUGAGCUGCACUGGCCUGAAGGGGCGCUGUUACUGGGAGGUGGACUGGAGUGGGGAGAGGGGAGUUUCUAUAGCAAUGAGUUACAGAGGGAUCAGACGGAGAGGAGGAGAAAGGGGAGGGGAGAGUGGGUUUGGAGGCAGUGAUCAGUCCUGGAGUCUGUGGAUCUGGGAAAGAGAAUACUCUGUCCGACACAACGUCAGAGGAACAAAGGUCUACCCCUCUUCAGGCAGAGUGGGCGUGUCCCCAGGUAGAGCGGGCAUGUCCUCAGACAGAGCGGGCAUGUUCCCAGGCAGAGUGGGCGUGUCUUCAUGCAGAGUGGGUGUAUUUUUGGAUUCUGAGGAUGGAGCCCUGUCCUUCUAUGAGGUCCUCUCUGAUGGACGACUGUUCCACCUCUGGACCUUUUCCUUCUCUUUCUCUGAGCCGCUGUUCCCAGGGUUUACACUGUGGGGCGUAGGCGACUCUGUGUCUGUGGUGGACCUGCAAACAGCGCCCCCUGGUGGAUAUUUGUGAACAGUUUUAGACAAGUCUGAACUGUUUAUGAUGUAAACAUGUGAGGGGUCACCUGAGGGAGCGCCAUGGCAACACACGUGUAACUACUGUGACAUGAAUAGACCAUCAGAAUUGUGUGUUAAUAUUGUUUAAAAACAACAUAAAACAAACCUGCUGUUCCUUUAUGGUACGUCAAAGGAACACCUCCCUAGGGAGCCAUCCAGGGGUCAUCUUGAACAGACCCAAGCCACCACAGCUGGCUCCUCUUGAUGUGGAGGAGCAGCAGCUCUACUCCAAGCUCCUCCUGUGACUGAGCACCUCACCCUAUCUCUGAAGAAGCGCCCAGCCACACUGCACAGAAAACUCAUUUCACUUUACUUUUAACCCUUGUGUUGAAUACUGUGUGUUACAAACACACAGUGUUUGUCACAGUGGUGAAUUUGUUUCUCAGUAAGAAUGUGUCAAACUUAUUUUAAGAUGUUUACAUUGGAACCUGCUACUUCAGUUACAGGAGCUUCAUCUUCAGGUUCAGAUCUUGUAAUACAUCCUUUCAACGACUGCAAGCAUCUUUUUAGUGAUGUAUUCUACCUUCCUGUAAACUGUUAACAGUAUGUCAAUUUAUGACCUUGUACGGACAGUGUGUAAAAUUUGUUUAAGUCCUUAUAGGACCAGUCUUCUGUAGAUAGUAGAAGGGUACUGGAAGUCUUCUUUGUAAUGUAACAUGCAUGUACCUGCUGUCUGAACCUUCAGUCAUCUCAUGAGAUAAAAACUUCUUUCAAUUCUCUACCUGAUCUGCAGUCGGUUCCUUUACAAUUACAGGAACAUAGAUUGACCAGUAAAUUGAGAGAUUUGCCUUUU